CCCCAUGAACUCCAGCAACCCCCGACGCCUCGUGGACGAAAUCCUCCGCCGCAACGCCCGCAACCCAGCCCUCGCAUGGCGUCUCUUCAAACACCUCCUCUCCUCCCCUUCCGCCCCUCCCCCUUCCCCCUCCUCCAUCUUCUCCCUCUCCGGCGCCCUCGCCCACGCCCGCCUCCUCCCCGAACUCGACCACCUCCACCAUCUCCUCCUCAACCUCCCCCACUCCGCCGCCCCCCACUGCCUCACCGCCCUCUCCCUCGCCUCCUCCACGGCCGGCAUCCUCGACCGCGCCCUCUCCCAGCUCCAGUCCCUCCGCUCCCACUUCCCCUCCCAUGCUCCCCCCAUCCGCUUGUAUAAUUCCCUCUUAGGCUCCUCCCUCAAAGCCAACCGCCCCGAUCUCGUCGAGGCCCUCUACAAGGACAUGCUCCUCGCCGGAGUCUCCCCGGACACUUACACCUUCAAUCUCCUGAUGUCGUCUUUAUGUAACUCAGGCCGGUUGGAUGAGGCCCGCUUGUUGUUCGAUAGAAUGACGUUGAAGGGCUGCCAACCGAAUGAGUUCAGUUUCGGGAUUUUAAUUCGAGGCUACUGCAAGGCGGGAUUCAGUCUCCGCGCUGUGGAGCUUUUGGAUGGGAUGGAGAGAGUUGGGUGCUUACCGAAUUUGGUAAUUUAUAACACGUUGAUUUCUGGCUUUUGCCGAGAGGGCAGGAUUGGAGAAGCUGAGAGCUUGGUGGACAGGAUGAGGAAGGAAGGCCUUUUCCCUAAUGUGGUUACUUUCAACGCCAGGAUAUCAGCACUUUGUAAGAUGGGGAAGGUCCUAGAGGCGUAUAGAAUUUUCAGAGAUAUGCAGGACGAUGAGUUGGGAUUGCCGAGGCCUAAUCAGAUUACUUUUAAUCUAAUACUAGAUGGAUUUUGCAAUGGUGGCAUGUUGGACGAAGCCAGGGCCCUAGUUGAGUCAAUGAAAGAGAGUGGAUUUUUUGCACGGUUGGAGAAUUAUAAUAUAUGGUUGUCAGGCUUGGUGAAGAAUGGGAGGUUGCUUGAGGCAAGGAUGCUGUUGGAAGAUAUGGUUAGGAAGGGCCUUGGACCCAACUUGUACUCCUAUAAUAUUGUUAUUGAUGGGUUGUGUAAAGAGGGGAUGAUUUUUGGUGCUGAGUCAGUUAUUAGUUUGAUGAGAAACAAUGGAAUUUCUCCUGAUACAGUGACUUAUAGUACAUUGCUCCAUGGGUAUUGCACUAAAGGGAAGGCCUCGGGGGCCAGCAGGAUUCUUCAUGAGAUGGUUAGCAAUGGAUGUUUUCCAAACUCCUUCACUUGCAAUAUCUUGUUGCAAAGUCUUUGGAAAGAGGGUAGGAUUUCAGAGGCAGAGAUAUUGUUGCAGAAGAUGAAUGAGAAAGGAUAUGGCUUAGACAUUGUGAGCUGCAAUAUUGUUAUUGAUGGUCUGUGCGAAAAUGGGAAAUUGGAUAAGGCAAUGGAAAUUGUUGAUGGUAUGUGGCAACAUGGAAAUGCAGCCCUAGGUGAACUUGGAAAUGCAUUCCUUGGUCUGGUAGAUGAUGGAAAUGAUAGCAAGAAAUGCUUUCCUGAUCUCAUCACUUAUUCAACUCUUAUUAGUGGUUUAUGUAAUGCUGGCAGACUGGAUGAAGCUAAGAAAAAGUUUGUUGAAAUGACUGGGAAAAACAUUGCUCCAGAUUCAGUUAUCUAUGACACUUUUAUACAUGCAUUCUGUAAGCAUGGAAAGAUGUCCUCAGCUUUUAAGGUUUUAAGAGACAUGGGGAAGAAAGGUUGCAAACCGAGUACAAAAACAUACAACUUGUUAAUCUGGGGGUUAGGGAGUAAGCAGCAAUUCAAUGAAAUCCAAAACUUGAUAAAUGAAAUGCAAGAAAAAGGGAUUCCUUCAGAUGUAAUUACUUACAAUAACCUGAUUCGGUCUCUAUGUGAUGGAGGAAUGGCAAGAAAAGCUGCUUCACUAUUAGAAGAGAUGUCAAAGAAUGGCAUCAUGCCUAAUAUAAUUUCAUUCAGCUUGCUUAUCAAGGCUUUUUUUAAGACUUCUGAUUUUGAUGCUGCUCAAGCCAUCUUCCAUGGUGCUCUGACUACAUGUGGCCAGAAGGAAGUGCUUUAUAGUUUAAUGUGCAAUGAGUUUUCCAUGAAUGGAAAAUUAUUGGAGGCUAAGGAACUGCUUCAAAUUGCUUUCGAGAGGGGAUUUUCCAUUGAGCGUUUCCCAUACAAACAUCUUGUUGAGGAACUGUGCAAGGAACAGAGGGUAGAUGAUGCACAGAGCUUACUCAUUUCUAUGAUUAAUAAAGGUUAUCUAUUUGAUCCUGCAGCAUUCCUGCCAGUGAUUGACGCACUCAGCAAGAAGGGAAAUAAACAUGAGGCUGAUAAACUCUCAGAGCAGAUGAUGGACAUGGCAACAUAUCAUGAAAAAUCAAAAUUUGUUAAUUCCUAUACUCAACAUGGUGAGAUGGGACCUAGACACAUAAAAUCAAAGCAAGAUAGUUCCCGUGGAAGUGACUGGCGCAAUCUGUUGCACAGAGAUGAUGGAAGUGGGGUAGCUAUGAAAGUUCUGAAGCGAGUGCAAAAAGGUUGGGGUCAAGGAAGUAUACCUAGCCCGCGGCCACAGAAUGUCGACCCCUUUGAUGUAUGGGAAAGCACUGGCUGAUUCUAUUAGGUUGAAGUGGAAAGCUCAACCUUGAACUGCUGAUUGUCACCUGAAGUAUCUGGUUCAUGUGCCUAAAUUGAUUCCCUGGUGACUGGAAGCGUGCUGGGUGAUUCCUCAAAUAUUAUUUGAGAUGUAGCCUGGAACCUCGGCACUCAGAUUGCCCAAAUCGAUAGGUUCCAGACAUGAUCAUGACAUGCAGUUAGUCUUUUCAGGUUUUUGCGGUUUGCUGUCUGAAACAGCCUCUUUACAUGCAUGGGUAAGGCUGCAUGCUUCUGACCCUUCCCAGAGUCUGCAAUAGUGGAAGCCUUAUGCAUUGGGCCACCCUUUGUCUUAUUCAUAACAGAGCUAGUUGAUUUUAAGACAUCACAGCAUAAUGCAACAUGAUGAUACUUUAUUGCUCAUGACAACUUUUUGUCUGGUUUUGCAUGUCCCAGAGGAUAUUUAUUUCAUGUUAUUAAGAUGUUAAAAGCUCAAGUCCAAAGUUUUCAGCCUUAAUGAAGCAUGGUGAUUUUGAGUUAAUCCAAAACCGUAUUGUUCAAUCAAAGACAAGUCACUUGGUGGCUUGUAGUCCGUGAGCUAAUAUAAGCUACUUCAGCGCAAUUUGUUUGACUAUGACCAGAAUUCUCGGUAUGCUGCCACAUGCAGCUGGAGUUUCACAGUUACUCAACGAACAGAAGCUUGACGGACGACCUCAAUGUCUGUGUCAAGCAUUGCGCAGCAUCGAAAUAGAGAUGUGUCAUCAUGCUUGCACUAACUCUCAUGGAGUUUGUCACCGUGGCUUCUGCGAGUAUUCUGUCUGGUGGGAUGAAAACCACCUGAAUGAAGCAGCAUAUCAAUACAGUAUGUUGAACAUAUUUGUUAUCCGCUAUGGAAAUUGAAAG